AGGCCACCUCCCCCCUCCCUCUCUCCCUCCCUCCUCAUCUACAUCCCACUUUCUCUCUCUAUACAUACAAAUUUUAUAUAUACAACCUCUCUCUCUCUCUCUCUCUCUACUUCUUCUUGAUUGAUUGCUUCAUUGAUUUAUGGACAAAGGGUGGGGGCUCACCCUUGAUUCUGAUUCAAUUGGUUUUUUUCCAAAUAAACCGGCCGGGUUGAGUUUAACUCCGAGAUUGAACCGGAGCCGAGGCGGUAUGUUUUCAGGAAUUGAGUUUCCGGUUAGAUUAAACCGGAGGGAAGAGCAGCACACUGCUCUGCAACCGUCUGAUGAGAAUCGGACGGUUGUCAACGAAGUCGACUUUUUCUGUGAUAAGAAAAAGUCGACAAAAGAGGAUGAUUAUAUGGAUUCCAAAGCAAGUAUUAGCCGUGUCAAGAAAGAGAAUUCUCACGAAACUGGUCCCGGAAUGGACUUGGAUGUAAAUACAGGUUUGCACCUUCGUACGACUAACACGGAAAGUGAUCUGUCAACGGUGGACGAUGGGAUUUCAUCCCACGUGGAAGAUAAACGAGCUAAGAUCGAGAUGGCAGUAUUGCAAGCUGAGGUUGAAAGAAUGAAUGCUGAAAACCAGAGGUUAAGAGGGAUGCUCUCUCAAGUUAGCAACAAUUACAGUGCUCUACAGUUACACUUAAUUACAUUAAUGCAACAACAGCAACAACAACAGCAACAGCAGAGUUCAAGAGCCGAAGCCACUCACCAACAUGAGAUAUUAGAAGCAAGGUCAGAAGAUAAGAAACAUGAGGGUGGUGGAGGACCAGUGGUGCCAAGACAAUUCAUGGACUUAGGACCAAGUGCCACAGCUGAGACAGAUGAUCAACCAUCUCAUUCUUCAUCAGAAGAAAGAACACAAUCAGCCUCACCUCAUCCCAACAACAACAAAAAAGACAUGGUUCCAUUAGUUGGAAGAGAAGAGAGUCCAGAAUCAGAAGGUUGGGUUCCCAAUAAGGUUCCCAAAUUGAAUCCUUCUAAGACUAAUGUUGAUCAGGCCACUGAAGCUACCAUGAGAAAAGCCCGGGUCUCCGUUCGAGCUCGCUCCGAAGCUCCCAUGAUCACUGACGGAUGUCAAUGGCGCAAGUAUGGACAGAAGAUGGCGAAAGGGAACCCAUGUCCUCGAGCUUACUACCGGUGCACCAUGGCGGUUGGUUGUCCAGUGCGCAAACAAGUUCAAAGGUGUGCCGAGGACAGAACAAUCCUAAUAACAACCUAUGAAGGUACUCACAACCAUCCCCUCCCUCCGGCAGCCAUGGCAAUGGCAUCAACCACAUCAGCUGCAGCAAGCAUGCUACUUUCUGGCUCGAUGUCAAGUGCAGACGGGCUCAUGAACCCUAAUUUCCUCGCUCGAGCAAUCCUUCCAUCCUCAUCGAGCAUGGCGACAAUUUCAGCCUCAGCACCAUUUCCAACAGUCACAUUAGACCUAACCCACACUAGUCCCAACCCACUGCAAUUCCAAAGACCCCCUACCCAAUUUCCAGUCCCCUUCGCCUCUGUUCCAACCCCACCACAACCGGCGGCUCAUGUCUUCGGGCAAGCCCUAUAUAACCAAUCAAAAUUCUCCGGCCUCCAACUUUCUCAAGAUAUAGAUGCAGCCCAAUUAGGUCACCAAGCUCCACCUCCACAAUUGCACCACCAACAACCACCACCGAACCACUCAUCAUUUGCUGACACUCUUAGCGCCGCCACAGCCGCCAUCACUGCAGAUCCCAAUUUCACCGCUGCUCUUGCUGCCGCCAUCACCUCCAUUAUGGGCGGUGGUCAGCAGCCAAACAGCAACAAUCCCACGACCACGGCUUCCACCACCACUACCACCAACACCACAACAAGCAAUAGCAAUAAGAUUGGCAGCUUUCCAGUGAACUGAAUGUGAUUAAAACUUUUUAUUUUGCUGUUUCUUUUUUUUUUUUUUUGGGUGGGGGUGCCAAUUUCCUUUUCUUUUUACAUUUUUAGGGGGUAAGAAUGAGCCGGGUUUUACAUAUCGGGAUUUUAAGUUUUUGAUGUCAAUACUAUAUGAUAUUUAUAAAUAUAUGACUGUUGAUAUCGAUAUAUAUUCCGAUACCCGUUAUUUUAGAUCAUGAGACAAGAUCGUGAUGCUGUACAUUUUUGUUUUUAUUGUUGGAGGCGGGGAGAUAGGACACAAAAAUUUCAUUCUUUCUUUUGUUGUUUCAAGUAAUAUUUUUUUUUCAUAUUUUGUAGUAAAUACACAAAAGAAGAAAUAUUAUUGGAGAUGUUUGUUUAUUGAAUUCA